GGCAGCCAAUGUAAAACUCGAAUUUUGUUCUGAACUGAACAAGCUUGAUGUUUAAAUGCUGCGUAGGCUGCAGCUGAGUUUGGUGUUUAUGGUUUCCGUUUUAUUGCUGUUUCGUUCAUUAUUGUUCAGUUCAACCUGAAACAUCCAAUCUUCGACGUUCAUUCUGUAACACAUUUUAAAGAUGCAGGUUAUUAAGCAUCCUGUUGAGAGACUGCAUACUGCUCUCCUGUCCACACAGAAAGAUUUAAUAAAAACAUAUAAAAAAUUCAGCAGAGCAGAGAAGACGUUUCUAGAAGAUGGACUCCUCCCUGGCAAUUCACUUUUCAGCCCCAUCACCAUUCACUCAGAUUCAGACUGGAUUCCUGCACAUCCAGAAGACCUUCAAGACUUUCAGAGUUUUUACAUCAACCCAUACCGCCGUUCUCCAAACCCUGGACAUAAAACCAUCUAUAUUCAAACCAUUGGCUCUUUUGGUGAAGGAGCGGUUGUGGCAGAGCAGUAUGUCGAAUGGAUGAAGGACUACUGUCAGGCAUUCUUUUACGGACUAGUGGUCAAGCUUUUGCCACCAGUAACAGUUGCUUCAACAGCCUGUUCAUUUCGGGUCAACAACAACACACAUAAUCUUCAGCUUCAUGCUGGAGAGCUGUUGAACUUCUUGAAAAAGAGGAAGCCAAGUGAUGCUUUUUGCAUUGUGGGGAUCACCAUGAUCGACUUGUACCCUAAAGAGUCAUGGAAUUUUGUUUUUGGCCAGGCUUCUCUAACUGAAGGAAUGGGAGUCUUCAGCUUCAGCCGAUACGAUGAUCAUUUUUAUGAGAGAAGCUAUGCAGGGCGGCUUAAGAAGAAAAUAGAGCUAAAGCAAGGAGACUAUUCUGUGUUUGAAAGUUACUACACUCCUCCAUUCACCAGCGUUCUCCUCCUCCGCUCCUGCAAGACCCUGACUCAUGAGAUUGGGCAUAUAUUUGGAAUGGAGCACUGCCAGUGGCUAAACUGUGUCAUGCAGGGCUCCAAUCACUUAGUGGAGUCUGACCGUCGGACACUUGUAUUGUGCCCCAUCUGUUUACGUAAACUACAGUCUGCAAUUGGAUUCAAAAUAGCUGACAGAUACAAGGCCAUUCUGCACUGGAUUGAAGAUGGAGCUGACAGCAAUGGACAACAUUCAAAACCCACACAAGCCUUUCAAGAGUAUAAAGACUGGUUGUAUAAGUGCUUACAAAUAUUGGACAGUGAAACACCAUAACCAAGAGGUAUGAUCUUUUUCUACCUGCCGACAAGCAAUGUCCUGACAAGUUGAGACAUGCUACAUGAGAUUUGGUGAGAAAGCUUCUGCUUGGAAAAUACAGGCAAAUUUAUAUGUAAAGUAGUACUUUUGGUUUGUAUGGAUGGAUCAAACAAAUUAAAGUUCCAUUUCUCUCUUUUCUUUGUUUUUGCUUUUAAGAUUUCGGUCAAAUCAGAACACAAUUUUCAGACAGCAGUCUAAAAAAGUAUGUAUUUAUUGUUUAUCUGAUUUAAAGAUUGUCUUUUGUGCGGAAAGAGAAGAAAACAUUGCACAUUCACAUUCCACUGAACAUACAGUAGAUAAUUCCUUUCCAGUUAUAAAAUUCAAGUCAUGUGACAGUUGUUCAAUAACAACAAAUACAGUUUUACCUAAAGAGGUUAGUGAUGAAGUGGUCAUAAGACACUUUCACAUUUGAAUUUGGCUUUGCAUUACAUUGGACAUCCUUCAACUUCAUUUCACAGUUGCAUCAACCUGAGCUCUGUAAAGCAUGGAAUUCACAGUAAUCUCUAUUUUAUAUAUAUUACGGCUGUCAAACGAU